AUGUCAGUGUCCUCUGGUAGUUCACUUUGUGGGGAUCAUGAUCAAGAUCUGCUGCUAGAUGAGGAGGAGGAGAUAGACUUCUACGCUAUACUAAAUGUUCCAAAAGACGCAACAGAGGAUGAAAUAAACAAAGCAUAUCGAAAACGUUGUCUUAUAUUUCAUCCCGAUCGACACAAUGACGAAGAUGACAAAAAAGAAGCCGAGAAAAUUUUUGUGCAACUUCGCCGUGCUCACGAAACCCUGUUGGAUCCGAAAAAGCGAGCCAUUUACGAUGCUCUUGGCGUACAAGGCCUCGAUACACAAGGAUGGGAGCUUGUGUCAAGAUCGGCGAAUCCUGAGAACAUCAGGCGAGAGUACGAUUUCUUGCAAAGGUUGAAGGAGCAAGAGCUCAUGUUGCAGAGGAUACAUCCGUCUAGUGGAUUUGUUGUGAAGACAUCAUGUGCAGGUUUAUUUCCGGAGGAUCCAGACGAUAGGUACCCUCCACAACUUAUUGGAAUAUCUAUUACCCAAUCAGUGGAUUGUGCGAUGACAGAGGCAGACCGAAUUGGACUUGUCGGUAGGGUCAAAACUGGUAAUGGACGAGGCGAUGGUAAUGUUUCCCUUCUGUGGAAGAAGAACGCAGGAAAAUUUCACAUCGAGGCAACAGAGGAUGAAAUAAACAAAGCAUAUCGAAAACGUUGUCUUAUAUUUCAUCCCGAUCGACACAAUGACGAAGAUGACAAAAAAGAAGCCGAGAAAAUUUUUGUGCAACUUCGCCGUGCUCACGAAACCCUGUUGGAUCCGAAAAAGCGAGCCAUUUACGAUGCUCUUGGCGUACAAGGCCUCGAUACACAAGGAUGGGAGCUUGUGUCAAGAUCGGCGAAUCCUGAGAACAUCAGGCGAGAGUACGAUUUCUUGCAAAGGUUGAAGGAGCAAGAGCUCAUGUUGCGAGAGGAUACAUCGUCUAGUGGAUUUGUUGUGAAGACAUCAUGUGCAGGUUUAUUUCCGGAGGAUCCAGACGAUAGGUACCCUCCACAACUUAUUGGAAUAUCUAUUACCCAAUCAGUGGAUUGUGCGAUGACUGAGGCAGACCGAAUUGGACUUGUCGGUAGGGUCAAAACUGGUAAUGGACGAGGCGAUGGUAAUGUUUCCCUUCUGUGGAAGAAGAACGCAGGAAAAUUUCACAUCGAGAACACGCUUACCGCAUCUAGUGAUGUGCUCAAUCUAUCGUGUCGUAUCUCUCGAAGUCUCUACACUCGGGCAGCUUUCAUAGUUCAGCCCUCUAUACAGUAUUUUCCCAUGCAAGAAACGUUUGCGCCAGCACUGUCAUUGAUUUAUUCUAUGCGCUUACGAGUUCGUUGGCAGGGAAGUAUCAUAUUAAACCUGACUCCGGCUGGAAGUGCUCUUACAACUACCUUAGUCCAUACAGAAAAUAACCAGCCAAAAGCGGUCGUCAACUUUACGUUGUCUCCUACAAAUUCUAAUGUACGAUUGGUGUACUUUGUUCGUAAUCCUGAGCGCGAUGCUUUCACUGAAACUGCCCUGCAGUUAUCGAUGUUCGGAGUUACGCCAUCUAUCCAUUUUGAACGGAGAUUGUCACGGUUUUCACGAAUCGGAUGUGCUCUGCUUUUUUCUUUCCCUUCCUGCAUGUUGUCCGCUAAGUUCAAGCUCAAAACAGGACAGUCAUCCUUCGAAUGGCAAGUAGUGUUGUGCGAUGAUCGCGAGGCUUUGGCCAGAAGUGCAAUUUACGGUGUCGUUGUACCUGUCGUUUUAUUUCAUCUUGCAACUAAGGUUGUGUUCCGGCGAUGGUACGAUCGUUUCACAUCGCUUUUCGACGAUCACAGUCACGAUCGCGAGGUUGAUACGGUCAAACAAGAAGAAGCUGCACGUAUAAUAAAUCUAAUGCGUCCGACAGCCGACCGUAUUCGGCAAGAAGAACAACGGAAACUUGGCGUAGUGAUCAUAGAGGCCAGAUACGGACAGUGCGAGUCUAGUGGGUCAUCUUCGUAUAUUCUUGCUGGAGACCGAACAAUUGACGUCACAGUUCCUCUUCAAGCUAUGGUUAAUGACUCACAAUUAAGGAUUUAUUCAGUAAAGAGCCAAUUGCCGGGCUUUUAUGAUCCAUGCCCAGGGGAACCAAAAAUGCUUCACAUUAGGUAUAUGUUCCGGGACGAGCCGCACACGGUCACCGUAUCGGAUGAUAUGCCAAUACAAAUACCAACGAAAUGUAUCUCAUCGCAUUUCCCAGACAAAAACAUGAUCAUUGUUUCGAAUAAUUUCGACUUCAUCGUAUGUUUGUGGUGUGUUCUGCGACCUGUUAUGAAUGAAUUCUAUAUCAUCGCUAGCGCUCAUAUGAGUUUUAUGUGUCGUCUGUUCAAUACCGGUUUGUCGGCGGUGAUUCACCCCAUCACAUGGCAAUCGCGCUCGCAUAUUAUUGAAAGGCGCUUUCUGCUGCUGUUUUCUUCUCCGCGCACAGUACUCCAAUCAUCAGCGAGAUAUUGA